AUGUUUGGUCAAGUAAUGCCCGUGACUUACUACAAACGUUCAUCUGCUCAAAGGAAAAGUUCAAGGCUGUUUCAAGUAAAAUGCACAACGAAAAGACAAUUCAUACCCAUAUUCGGAGAGAACGGUUUGCCGCGCCGGCUGCGCACUGCCUACACCAACACGCAGCUCCUGGAGUUGGAGAAGGAAUUCCACUUCAACAAGUACCUGUGCCGGCCUCGGCGCAUAGAAAUCGCCGCGUCGCUGGACCUGACGGAGCGCCAGGUGAAGGUGUGGUUCCAGAACCGGCGCAUGAAGCACAAGCGCCAGACGCUGAGCAAGGCCGCGGAAGGCGAGGAAGGGUCCGAGGGCGGCGGCGGAGGCGGCGGAGGCGGCGGGGGCGGCAAAGGGCGGGCGAACGAAACAGCUCCAAGAGCUGCGCCAACUGCGGGGGACCUUGCCCCCCUCGCGGGCGGACGGGAGCCAACGGCGGCGCGGGGGCGCGUUCGGCGCGGCGGCGGCGGCCGGCCGGGGCCAACGCGGCCAGCUCGGCGAGGCCAGCAGCGUCGCAGCAGCCCUCACCAGCUCGCGGCGAGGCAGGACUCGCGCGGCUCCAGUCACGGCUCCCCGCCGCUGGCCCGCGCCCGCCGCCGCCAAGAAGCUGGACGUGCUGGUGAAGGUGAGGCCGCGGGCGCGGCCCCGCGGGGCGGGCCCACCGGGCCCGGGGGCGGUCCCCUCCGCUGCACUGCAAGAUGCAAGACCAGCGGCGGCCAAGGACGCGUGCGGGGCCGCGACCUGGGCGUGGGAGCCGGCGCGCCGACGCCGCGCGCCGGGGGCGGUCCCGCCCCGCGGAGCGGCCCUCACCCGUCCUCCACCCCCGGGCACGCCGCAGCAGCAUGCCCAGGCCCGCUGGCCCCGGGGCGCGUGUUCCGCGCGCAGCGCGCCUAUCGCCCCGCCCCCGGCCCGCCCCGCCACGCGCCGCCGCGCCUGGGUCGGCCCGUGGGCCGGGGCUUGGGCCGCGCGCGCCACCGUGGGCGCUUCCCCGGGGCGGGCCCUCGCGGCGGCCCGCACCCCCGCGACCCCGCGGCGCGCCGCAGCCCCCGCAACCGUGCAGGCGCAGUGCUACGCGCCGCGCGCAGCGGGUGCCCGGCUGUUACGACGGCUACCUGCGCGCGCGCACCAGCGACUCAAAACGGCUCCGUGCACCCGCGCGCGCCCAGGCGACACCGCGGGCUACCAGCGCCCCGCGGCGGCGGCGCCCAGCGGCUACCGCAGCAGCGAGUAACCGUCGCUCACAACGGAUACCACCACGCAGCGCGGCCGGCACACCGACGAGCAUACGGGUACCCCCAGCCGACCAGGCGUACUGCGCUACGCACCCAGCAGGCGCGGCCGCCGUCAAACCGCACGCAACAAAGCUCCGCAGAGAGUCACCACCCGCACGCAAGGCCCCCGCACCCUGGAUCACCCACGCAGCACGACCUGCUACCAUGA